ACAGCCCCACAGCCCUACCCGCUCUAGUUACCUAAAACCCCAGGUGCAACAGCCGCUCUUUAAACCCUAGCACAGCUUGGCUCAAAAAAAAAAAACCAUUCUUUUUUCCUUCAUCGGCUUCACCGAAACACUACAGACCUACCUGUUGGGGCAAAAUGGCUUUUUCCAUUUCUCGUCCACUCCUUCGCAGAGAAGCUCGCCUCCAGCUGUCCUUGGUUCUCUGUGCUCGGCACCGUCCUGUUCUUUCCUGCUCUUCUGUGGCCUCUUCGUCACCUUUUUCUUCUCUUGUACGGAGUGCACUGACGCAGAACCUCAAGCAAUCUUCGUCAUUUCUAUCUGUUCGAUUCGCCUCCUCUAAGCUGGGAGCGGAUGAAAACCUCCUGAAAGUUCUCCGGUCUGAGAUCGAAUGCAUCCAGGAAUUUAAAGAUCCCCGGGAGCUUGAUGUACCUGAAGGAUUUCCUUUUGAAAUCCUUGAUAAUCCUGGUGACAACACAAUUACUCUCAAGAGAGACUUUGCUGGUGAGAACAUCCAAAUCUUAGUUUAUAUGAAUCUGGAUGUCGGGGAUGAUGAAGAAGAAGAUGAUGAAGAUGAUGAAGAUGAUCAGGAAAAUGCAUCCAAGCCAAGCAUUUCUUUGCAUGUAACAAUUGACAAAGGAGAAGAAGUCCCUAUCUUGGAAUUUGCUUGCAAUCUCAAUUCUGAAGAGCUUGAAAUAGAAAACAUGGCAAGGAAAAAUCCCGAUGAUUCUGAUUGUCAGGGAACUUAUGAAGGUCCUGAAUUUUCAGAUUUGGACGAAAGCUUACAGAAAGCUCUCCACCAGUAUCUCAAAGUGAGGGGAAUCAGAGAUUCUCUCUACGGUUUCUUGUCUGCAUAUAUGAUGAAGAAGGAUGAAAGAGAGUAUCAAACAUGGUUGAAGAACUUAGAAGAAUUUGUUCGCAAAUAAAUUCCAUUUUUGAUGGCUAUGGAAGGAAUAUUUUUGUCCUGCAUUUCAUUGAGUUCUGCAGAAAUGAGAUAGGCCUCAUUUUUUUUUUAAAUUAAUUGAUCUAUGAUAAUGAGUUGAUAGCUUGAAAAUGAGUGUAAUUCUCAUUUCGAAGGUAUUGGUAAAUUUAAUUUUGCGCAUUACUGAAUAAAAUUACAUCUAUACCGACUGAAA